UGUGCCGACACAACUGAGAGAAUUGGCGACGGCACACAACCAUUGGAUGCACGGCUCAGCGUGGAUUGGAUCAGCGCGACGAAGCACACACAGCAAACCGGAGCGUAGAGUGGAGAGCCAGUAGAGUGUCAGCCCUGAAGAGGGGUAUCAAUCGAUUUUUAACCGUGUGUUGCGAAUAUGUACGGCAUACGUUUUCACAAUGUAGCGUUUUGGCAGUUGGAUUGAAAAAAUCGUCGCAUGACCAGAUCGGGAUUUGUACGAUAAUCGAACGAUAUCAAGCGAUCUGUGUCGAUCUUUCGAGAGAGAGAAAGAAUACUUCUCACUCUUACCGUGUCUUUUGGUAUAUCCUCUCUCCGUCUCGUCGUGGCGCGUGUCCAAGAACAUAGUUCCAGAACAGAGAACGUGGAGCCCUCGCGAGGCCAGGUAACGAAGCGCGAUAUCGCGGCACGGUGUCAAGAUGGCGUGUGCCACGAGCACAGCUGUUGUUUACCCACAAACCCGUGUGGAGCAGGCCACUGGUGGCUGGUGCUGAGAGAGGACGAGCGUGUGUGGGACGGCGCGACGCCUGGCUCCGCGUCGUCGGAAACUGAUCGGAGGACAAUGAGAGAGACGCUCGAUGAAUGAGCGGGUCAGAGUAACAACGGGUCGCGAGCGAGCGAGCGACGUGACGAGGACGUGACGGGGACGUGACAACAAUAACGACGACGACGACGACGGCGACGACGACGACGACGACGACGACGACGACCACGACGACGAUCACGACAACGAGGUCGGCAGCAGCAGAGGUGGCGGCGGUGGUGGUAGUGGUGAUGGUGGUGCUGGUGGAGGAGUGUCGAGUAAAAAACGGACACGCAAAGAAGCACUCGAUGGAAGAAAGUAGCGGGAUCUGCGACAGCAGAAGUCACGAAGUCAGCGGGUGCAAAUCGAGCGCGAGAAACUAACCUAGUCGCGUCCGCCAUCGCUCGGCACGAGGACGGCGACGGCGACGGUGACGGCGAGGUGGAGCGAUCGAGAGGAGGAAUCGAUAUCGAGGGAGAAAGUGACGAAAUAUCAUCAUGAACGCUAGAACACAGUUGUUUGAAUUGAGCAUGGAGGGACGCCAGGUGGAUGAGGCAGUGGCAAGUAUAUUUCACACUGUGCUCUUCCACCGAAGCCUUGGAAAAUUCAAGUACAAACAAGAAGGCAGCUAUUCAGUGGGUACUGUGGGAUACCAGGAUGUAGAUUGCGACUUCAUUGACUUCACUUACGUCUGCUGCUCGUCGAUAUAUCUCGACCAGACCCUAAAGCGUGAGAUAUCAGGCUUCUCCGAAGCUCUACGCUCUACCGAUAGUCCAGGUUCCGGUCAGAUAUCCCUAGAAUUCUUCCAAAGGAAAAAGAGCCGCUGGCCAUUUCAACCGGAAUGCAUACCAUGGGAAGUAUGGACUGUACGUCUUGAACUCAUAAAAUUGGCCACCGAACACGAACGACAGAUAUGUCGGGAGAAAGUAGGCGAUCUGCUGACCGAGAAGAUACUCUAUAUCACCGAGAUCAUGAAUCGGCACGAUUACGUUCCAAAAGUACCGAGCCAGGCCGAGUUGGAUCUGAUCUUUGACACAUCGUAUCCUGACAUACAGCCGUACCUCUUUAAAUUGUCUUUCUCAACGUCCAGUCCGUCAACUACCACAAUGGGCAACACCAUGAAGAAAUUGAUCAGAGAAACGCUGUCCAUUUAGUUGGUAUAACAAAUAGUUUCACGACUAGUAGAAUAUUCAUACGACUUAGAAUUAUUUGAAAAGUAUAAAGAACUCGCUUUCUUUUUAUAAAUUUCUGUUCUUUGCAUUGCACUGUGCAAAUUUUGUUUGUUUUUGUAUUCUUAAUGACUUAAAUCUAUCAUAGGUAUUAGUAUAAGUUUCAAGAAUUCUCUCUCUAAAGUUUUUCUUUUUUUUUUCUUUUUUUCUUUUUUUUUUUUAAAAGAAAGCAGAGCAUAGUCUCGAAUUUUUGGCUAUCUGCAUUCUAUUAGAGACUAGGAAAGCUCGGUGUACAUUGCCUACAUGCUAGAUUCUAUCGGUUACGUAAGAACCAUAAGAAUAGCAUCUCUUAUAACAGAAAUAUUACUUCAUAUAUCGCAGAGAUUUUCGCUGCUGUGUGUAUCUCUAAUGUCUAUAUAGUACAAAUGAACACAACACUCUUGUAACACUUUUUUUGUACUUUCUCAUGUGGUAGUUUAUCGGAAAUAAUUUUGGCAGGAUCAUGAUAGACACGUUUUACAUGAUAUUUCAGAAUUACUAUACCUCUUCAAUCUCAUGCCGCUUCCACAGACGACUCUUGUGGCACAACGACAUUAUGUUCCUCUUUUGCUUCUCAUCCUGUUUAGUGUAAACUUUGUAGGAUAGUUUCGGAGCAUAUCUUCCCAAGUUUAUCCUCGCGCGUCACACUAAGAAAAGAUAAGUUUCAGUUAAGAUAUAGAGAUGAUGUGUGAACACAUGCAGAGCAGGAUAUUUCCAGAUCCUAUUCUUUAGUAUCUAGUAGAGUGAGAAAGUUUCAAUGCGUCUCUUAAUGAUACUCGUCACUUGCUCUCCAUGAUAAAUUCCUCCUACUACAUGACGGCUGUAUUUAGCGCUGUUUACUUUGUUUUUCAGUCACUAAUGCGUUGAAAGUAUAUAUAGUUAAUUUCUGAACGAUAAUUACACAGUGCUUGAAUUCUGCAUAUGUAAAUAUAUAUAUAUAUAUAUAUAUAAAAUAUAUAAUAUAUAUGUAUAUUCAUAUAUGUAUAUCUCUAAGCGUUGCAUACACCCCAAGUGCGUACACGCGCGCUUAAAUACAGAGUCGUUAUUUCCAUCGUAAAUUUAACGUUAAAUAUCCGGCCGUUUAAUUUUGGACUUAGUUCUAUUUUCUCGUUAUGUGCGCGAGAAAAUCGCAUCGAGUUGUAGGACAAGCGACGCGGGCGAAGCCAUAUAUUUAACGUUAAAUUUUCAUCGAAGCGAAAUGUUAAUUAUGAUUAUUAUGAUGUGUGCGUGGGAGCGAGUGUAAUUUAUUUUAAUGAGUGAUGAUACGUAACGUAAUGACGUUAUGUGCGCAGAUUAGCAAAUAUAAUUAUUUUACACCGCUUUCAUUGUUUUUUAAGUUGUUAAUAAUAAUAAAUAAAUAACGUAACUAAGCGUUAAGUCAAUGCGUGAUGCUCACGUAACGGGCCGGGUGAUACGAAAGAACAGCACGGAAAAUGAAAAACGGAAAUUACAUUUUCCCAAAAGUUUCGUGCCUUCGUAUCUACUAAAUUUUGAUAGGAAAGUUUAUGUGCUAGUGAACUAACAUACCUGAACCAGUGGUAAUAUCAUUAUUAUUUAUUGACUUUUAAGCGUCUCUCUCAUCUCUUAUAAGAGCAGAACAAUCUCUUUCGCGCGCAGAAUAUUAAAUAAAUCUGUGAUUGUUCUCGAAUUCGAAAACGGCUUCUCUAAUGACGAGCGACAAAAAAAAAUAACAAAAAAAAAAAAA